AGAAUAUUUACCCGGCAGGCAUUGCGGCGCGGCAAUUUGCAAUUCCCUCUACGCUUCUUUCCUGUCUAUUUCUCGCCAGGAAGCAUUGCUUCCAAACAUGUUUUUGUACGCCGGAACAUUUUAAAAAACAUUUUGUGUCGUCUAUGACGUCUCCGGCAUUGAAUGACAGGAUGAGCAGCCCCACCAGCACACCCAAACCCACCGACCUCUUUCACACUUUAUGGAAACAACUUGGGGAGUGCCAUGAAAAAACACUGCAGGAACUGGAGGAGAAAGUAAGCAAGUUGAAAAAAGAUCGGUGCUUAGACGCACAGAGACUUGAGGUGUUUUACACUCGUAACCAGGAGCUGAAGGAGCAAACCAAAACUCUGCAGGAUGCCAUCAUUCUUUUAGAGGACAGACUCCGAACGGGAGAAUGUGAUCGCUGUUUAAUCUUGGAGGGAAACCUAAAGAGUAGUCAAGAGCAAAAUGAGCGGCUUAUCACCAAGAUGAAGCAUGAAAAUAAAUGUCUUGAAGAUGAAAAUCGCAAACUAUACACUGAGCUGCAAAAGUUUAAGAAUUGCUCCGAUCCCCAGGAACAGGAAGAUGGCAUCAUCCCAGACUCACCGGUUCUGGCCAGCUCGCUUCCUUUGGCCAACAAACUGAAGAAACGUAAAACCGCUGAGAAGAGAAGACAUGUUCGCUACGCAGAAGAGCCUUCAUUCAAGUUAAAGUCACUUUUCAAAGAUCCAAUAAACGAAUUGGUUGGUGGUCCAAAAAAUGCCAAAAGAACAGACAUACUUGUUCCUGACACGUGUGAAAUGGAAACAUCCCACAUUGCAGCAGAGGAAGAGAACGGGGGAGAAGUGAUAGCAGAAACUUGUGUCCUUGAACUUGUCAACACACGUCAAGUGAAAACUGUGGAAGCCGCAGGACAGCAAAAUGUCCCAAAAUCUUCUCUGUUGACUGGUGUUCAUCUGAAGCCUCGUCGCAUCUCCCCGUCAUCGACAUCCGUCCAAAGUCCAGACUCCACCACGGACAAGUCGUCAUCUCUUUCCCCUCCUGGUAAAAAGUUGACCACUGACGACUUUACCUGCAAAGAGAAACAGAAAAAGGAAGAUGAUGAACCAAAGGGGCGAAUACCCAAAGUGGAGCAGAAGAAACAAACCUGCAGAUCUUUUCACACUCAAACCUUCAAGCAGUCACCUGACAGCAAGGUUCAAAGUGUUGACUGUGGGAGUCCAGCUUUCAAGAAGCCUAAUUCCAGACUGCUGGACCAGAGACGAAACCACCUUCAUGGCCACGGUUCUUCACACAGACAAGAGAAGACGCACACAGUGGAGAACAUGUGGAGCAUAGACCCCGCGCUCAACUUUUCAAUGUAUGACAGUGAGCGAGGAGCCGUUGAGCAUGAAGAACACGGAGAACUGCCUGACAGUGACUGCACUUGGAUCAGUCACAGUUUGCUCCAAGGCCGACGUGCAAAUGACGAGGAAGAAGAACACAGUGUCUCCGGAAUCGGGGAAAAGGCCAACGACAGUCUGGAUGGAAUGUUUGACGCCACCGGCCAUGAGGAGUACAUAUCUUACAACAGCUCACAAGUUGCCAGUCAGCCAUGUGAGGCUAUGGAGCAAGAGGAGGACAAUGAAGAAGAGUCUUCUGAAAACUACCCACGUAAGAACAAAAUAAAGUGA